UCCCACGGUCCGCCCGGCGCGGAGCGGCAGCGAGCAGCCCCCAGCCCCGCCGCCGCGCUCGGCGCCUGCGGAGGAGCCCAGACGCGUAGCAGCUCCAAGACCCAGAGGAAGAGCUGUCAGGAUGCCAGAGCCAGCAAAGUCCACCUCUGCCCCAAAAAAGGGCUCCAAGAAAGCCGUGACAAAGACCCAGAAGAAGGGUGAUAAGAAGCGGCACAAGAGCAGGAAAGAGAGCUACUCCAUCUAUGUCUACAAGGUGCUGAAGCAGGUCCACCCCGACACCGGCAUCUCCUCCAAGGCAAUGGGCAUCAUGAACUCCUUCGUUAAUGACAUCUUUGAGCGCAUCGCUGGAGAAGCGUCCCGCCUGGCCCAUUACAACAAGCGCUCCACCAUCACCUCCCGGGAGAUCCAGACGGCAGUGCGCCUUCUGCUCCCAGGAGAGCUGGCCAAGCACGCCGUCUCGGAGGGCACCAAGGCUGUCACCAAGUACACAAGCUCCAAGUAGCUGGAUGUCACCUCUCCAAUGGGAUCAUCAACCACCGGCCCCUCCGCGCAAGCACAGGCAGGCAGCCACAGUCCAGAUAAACAUCAUGGCUAUUAUCCACAGCAAUUUACAGCCUUGGGGUGCGCAUGAGAAGCUGCCCAGUGGAAGAGGAGACAGUGAUCUGGAUGGUGGCUGAUUUUCAUAAUCUGUUUGGGACACACAGCAGGUUUGGUGAGGCUGGUGGAGGAGGCCCCUGCUUUCACAUCUCAUCCAAAGGACUGACCAACUGUAGUAUACCCAAACUCUCCUCUGUGCUUGGCAACAUGCAUGCUUGGCACUGGCUGGGGAGACAGGCAGUGGCAACACAGAGAUGCCAUCUCUUUAAGUCUUCCUGUUUGUCUGCUUUCUCACAGUCAUCCAAGAUGAAGAGUCAGCACUGGUACCCAUCCUCUCUCUCAUAGUCUAGAUCCAUCCCGGUGUACCCACCCCAUGCCAGCAGAAGUGACAUUGACAGCUACCAGGCACAGGCUAUAGAAUAAAAUCCACAUUGAUUCAA